AUGCCUGUUGUCGAGGUGAAAUCGGCGACACCGUCACCGCAGACCUUGCCAAAGGCAAUGCCUGUUGUCGAGGUGAAAUCGGCAACUCCAUCGCAGCCGAGCCUGCCUAAAGCAAUGCCUGUUGUUGACUUGAAAUCGGCCACACCGUCGCAGCCGAGCCUGCCUAAAGCAAUGCCUGUUGUUGACUUAAAACCAGCAACACCGUCGCAGCCGAGCCUACCGAAGGCGAUGCCUGUUGUCGAGCCAAGAUUGGCAACACCGUCACAGCAGAGCCUGCCCAAGGCCAUGCCUGUUGUCGAGGUGAAAUCGGCGACACCGUCACCGCAGACCUUGCCAAAGGCAAUGCCUGUUGUCGAGGUGAAAUCUGCAACACCAUCACAACCGAGCCUGCCGAAGGCCAUGCCUGUUGUCGAGCCAAGAUUGGCAACACCGUCGCAGCCGAGCCUGCCCAAGGCCAUGCCUGUUGUCGAGGCGAGAGUGGCAACGCCGUCUCAGCAGAGCUUGCCUAAGGCCAUGCCUGUUGUUGAGCCAAGAUUGGCAACACCGUCGCAGCCGAGCCUGCCCAAGGCCAUGCCUGUUGUCGAGCCGAGAUUGGCAACAGCGUCACAGCAGAGCCUGCCCAAAGCAAUGCCCGUUGUCGAGGUGAAGUCAGCAACGCCGUCACAGCAGAGUCCGCCAAAGGCAACGCCUGAUGAGGUGAAGUCAGCAACGCCGUCGCAGCAGAGUCCGCCAAAGGCAACGCCUGAUGAGGUGAAAUCGGCCACACCGUCGCAGCAGAGCCCACCAAAGGCAACGCCCGAUGAGGUGAAAUCGGCCACACCGUCGCAGCAGAGCUUGCCCAAAGCAAUGCCUGUUGUCGAGGUGAAGUCAGCAACACCGUCAGAGCAGAGCCUCCCAAAUGCAGUGCCUGUUGUCGAGGUGAAAUCCGCAACACCGUCACAGCAGAGCCUGCCCAAAGCAAUGCCUGUUGUCGAGGCAAGAUUGGCAACACCGUCACAGCAGAGCCUGCCCAAAGCAAUGCCUGUUGUCGAGAUGAAAUCGGGAACCCCGUCGCAGCAGAGCCUCACAAAACCAGCGCCCACCGUCGAGGUGAAAUCGGCAAGCCCCCUUCCCCAGAGCCAGUCGAAACCAACACCCGUCACAACAGCACAGGCGGCCGCUCCGCCGUGCCAGAGCCCCUCCAAACCAGUGCCCGUCGUGGUGACACAGCCGGCACCUCCGCCAGGGCAGAGCCUCCCGAAACCGCCGCCUGUUGCCACAGCCCAGCCAG